UGGAGAUCGGAAACCUGGAUCAUAAACCACAGGUGGCUCUUAUUGUAGGGGUCACAGGAAUGGUGGGUGUGGCCUUAGCCGAAGCCUUUAAAAAGCCAACCGCUCUAGGGGGUCCAUGGACCGUCUACGGUGUCUCACGACGAACGUUACCCCCUUGGUUCCCAUCCUCUUUCUUAGACAAAUACAUCAUGUUAGACACUUUAAACAAAGAAAACACUUACGAAAUUCUAUCACCACUCUCCACCCAGAUCACACAUGUUUUUUGGUUCGCUUUAAGUGUGAACGAAAGUGAAGAAUUAAACGUUUCUUUGAAUUCAACUAUGCUAUCAAACGUCCUUACCGCAUUAACUUCAUCUUCGAGCUCAAAACUUUGUCAUGUGACAUUACAAACCGGUACAAAACAAUAUAUGGGGCCGAUUUUUGACUCAUCACUUUCAUCCGAACUCGUCCCUCAUGAUGCACCCUUUAGAGAGGAGUAUCCUAGAGUACCUUUUCCAAAUUUUUACUACGCUUUGGAGGAUAUUGUAACUUCCUACCAACAAUCUUUCACGUAUUCCAUACACCGCGCUUCUAUAAUCAUUGGGGCAUCAGCACGAAGCUACUUUAACACCCUUCUUUCGCUCUCAAUCUACGCUUUGGUUUGCAAACGCGAAAACUAUCCAUUCAGGUAUGUUGGUAAUAAGUAUAGUUGGGAGCACUUUUGGGAUGUGUCAGAUGCUAGAGUGCUAGCCGAGCAACAAAUAUGGGCAUCGGUGACAAAGCAAGCCAAAAAUCAAGCUUUUAAUUGCACAAAUGGAGACGUAUUUACGUGGAAAACUCUAUGGAAGGUACUUUGUGAUGUGUUUGAUGUCGAGUUUGUGCCAUUCGACGAGAAUGAGAAGUUUGAUUUUGUGGAUUUCAUGAAGAAUAAAGGGGAUGUUUGGGAUGCAAUUGUAGAAGAAAAUGGACUUCACAAGACAAAAAUGGAGGAGGUCACUUGCUUCAGUGCAAUUGAUGUAACUUUAAAACUCAAAAUACAACAUGUUUGUAGCAUGAAUAAGAGUCGCGACUUUGGAUUUCAUGGGUAUGCAAAUACACUUGCGAGCAUAGAGCCAUGGGUUCAAAGAUUGAGACAAAUGAAAAUUCUUCCCAAAACAUGGUAAAAGUUUUAUUUUUGAGUUGUCAUAAAUAUGUAUUUUGUUUCUUAAAAUGUGUACUAGCUAGCUACCUGAAAAAUCUAGCAUGAUACACGAGUCUUGUCAUAACAACGUUAUUGAUUACACUAGUUUCACACAGAGCGUAAUAGAUCUACCCCUAAAAUAAUAUGUGAAAGGGAAAAGAUAUUUUUGAU